AUGAAUAAUAAGGAAAUUUUUUUAUACAAUUGCCCAAUUUGGUGUGAUAAAGAAAAAUAUUUAAUAAACAAUAUUGAAAUAACAACUUCUGGUUUACAUAUUAUGGAUUUGAUAUGUCUUAUGGAAUAUACAAAUGGAAAAGGUUUAUAUUUAAAUGACAAUAUAAUAUAUUUUCAAUUAGAAAAUUUAUUUAAUAAUGAAAAAGAUAAAAAAGAAUUUAAAAUUUUACCAUCACAAUUUAAUUCCAAACUAUGUAUGGAUAGACAGAUUUAUACAACAAAUGAAAAAAUUGAUGAUAUUAUAAAUUGGGUGAAAAUAAAUGAAAUUAAUAAAACUUUUGUAGCUAUAAACAACCCAAAUUUAAAAAAAGCACUUCUUUCAUCUACAUAUUUAACAAAUGAUUUUUUAGAAGAUAAUUUUGUGUUAUUAGAAAUUCCAUGUAUUCAACAAACCGAUAAUACAUCUUGUGGUGUACUUACUUUAUAUUUUGUAGAGCAAUUUAAAAAAAACUAUGAUUCAAUUAUAAAUUCAAUACAAAAUUUAAAUAAUGGAAAGAUUAAUAUAGAACAAUUUUACCAAAAUACAAAACAAUUUUUUAUUUUAAAUAAUAAUUCAAUAGAUGGUUUUAAUAACUUUAUCAAAAAACAAAGACAACAACUUAGAGAUAUCUUUCUUCAGUAUACAACUGACGAUUUUAGAAAUAAAAUUAAAACUCAUAAAAUUUACAUAAGGGAUAAUUCUAAUGUCCAUCAAAACAGUUUUCCAAACUCACUACCAAACAAUAAUAAUAAUAAUAAUAAUAAUAAUAAUAAUAAUAAUAAUAAUAAUAAUAAUAAUAAUAUUAAUAAUAAAAAUAAUAUGGAUUAUCAAGUUUUUGGUGAUGAUUUGAAUGAUCAAGAUGAUAUUUAUGAUUCAAGUGACGAAGAGAAUUUAUAUGAUACCAGUAGGUUCGAUCCAAAUGAACCAUUUAGUUUUAUUAUCGAAAAUCAAAUGCAAACCGAGUUUUUAGAAUUUUUUGAUUCAGACAAUGAAAAUGAUUCAGAAACAAAUUUUAAUAAAAAAAUUGACAACAUAUUAUUCAAUUUAUAUGAAGAAACGUUUAAAAUAGGGAAAAAAUGUAAUAAAAGAAAAGAAAUAAAAGAAGAGAAACAAAUUUCAUUUCAAGAAUUAAAAAGAAAAAAAUCAAUUUUAAAAAACUAUCGUCAACUAUUGAUCCAAAUGGAGAAAAGAACAGAGUCUAUGCUAGAUUUAUAUUUAGCAUAUGAUUUGAUGGAUGAUAGAAGAACAAAGAAAAUGAAAAGAAAACUUUAUGUUAAUCCCAAGAGAUUAGAAAAAAAUUUAAAUUCACCUAAUAAAAAAUCUUAUAAUAAAAAAUCAUCAAUAGAUAAUGAAAUUGAAUUAAAAAAUAAAGAUUGGGUUCAAUUGACUGGUUUACAACAACAUAUUUUAGAUUGGUUAUAUAAAAAAAUAGAACCCCAAAUAAAAGAUCAAACUAAAAGAUUAUCACUAAAAUCAAGAAUUCAUUUAUUUUUAACAUUUUUAAAGAUGGGUAGUAAUUCAUAUACAAUACUUUCAACAAUUUUUGGUGUUAACGAGAAAACAAUAAAUGAUAAAACCCAAGAACAAAAAAAAAAAAUACAAUCUUCAUUUCAACAGAAACAGGCAGCUUUAAGAACACCUGUUGAAAGAGGUAAUAGCUCAGUUAAAAGAUUUGGAAUUGCCAAUACCAAAUUAAUUUAA